CAAAGGCUUUUAUUAGGCUUUUAUUAAAUCAAAAAAGUUUCUGUCGGUUUACAAAUAAGGAAAGAAGCGGUGAAAGCUAAUUCACCGAAAAAGUAGAAGUUGGCUAGAAGAAGAAAUAAAACCCUAAUUUUAGCCGCCAAGAGUGUGUGUGGUUGAUUUCGGAUUCCUUUCUUGGAGCUCUCCUUUCUCUUUAUAUAGUUGAUCUCCGUCCAUGAUUACCCUAGGUCGCUCUAUUUCAUGGGCCUAGGUCCGUCGGGCUGAACGUUCAGGCCGUCGAGCUUGAGGCACUAAGUACUUUUAGUCGCUUGCUUCAGUCGGUUAAAAGUAGUCACGAACCGAGCUGUCUUUUCGUUGCUUAGCUCCAAGAGCCGAGCUGACACCGAAUUGUGAUGGGCCGGACCUACUAUCUGAUGGGCCCAAUAGAGAGAUGUAAUCCACCUCCUACAAACUCUUGGUUAAAUAAGCCAAGAAGCAUAACUUUUCCACGUGCGCUUGCCAGUGAAGACCAGCGUCAAACCCUUACAAAAACAUGGACAACUUUGGCUAUGCACCACCACCUAUAAUAAGUCUAUUUAUAUAUGAAAACCAAAUAACCUAUGAACUAUUAAAAAUUAUCAAGAUAAUUUUAACUAAUUAAAAUAAAUACCAAACCAAAUAAUAAAUUAGAUACUUAUGCUAUUUGGAUCAAAUAUCUAUCUGCAUCAUUAUAUCAUAAUGCACUGCAUCUCUGAAUUUGCAAAGUAGUUCAUAGGAUAUAAUUUGAAUUAUAUCAAUCUUGAGUGAGGAUUCCUGAUUACGGAUGGUGGUUGAUUCAAUCACCGAAGAAAUAAGGUAAGUAGAUUUUCGUAUUGAAAAUCUUGUCGGAUAUCAAAUUUAAAAUUGACCCGACUCAGACACCCACCAUACAAAAAAUCAUGCUCCGUUCGGAUUAUUGACAUGAUUCUUACCCGACCCAUACCGUUUUUAUCGGAUCGUGUUCUGUUCCAGGUUAUUGGUUCGGUCCAUUUGAUUAGGCCUAGAACAAAAUCCAGAUAAAAACAAAUUCCGAAAAACUAUGCCAAAAGAAAACAAACAAAACAAUAGUCAAGUAGAACUAUUUAAAAUAUCUCAGAAUUAUUGACUGACCAGAGAGGCAAAGAUCAGAGAGUGAUGUUUAAACGGGACAAAAGACGACGACUUGAAUAGUCACUCCGGUCUUCUUCCCUAUCCUUCCACCAAUAAUUCCAAUUCUAUGUUUCUCCUUCAAUCUCAUCUUCUUCCUCGAAAUCCUGUUCACAUGCAUCAACCACACACGUAUCUUCAUAUAUUUACCAACAUCGAGUUGGUCCAGUGGUAAAGGGGUUGCGGCUGUAAUUUCCGCCACCCGGGUUCGAUCACGCUGGGAGAGACUAUUUACAAUGCUUGGGUUCCCGGCAAAGACGUGAAAACACCUUUUUUUUUUUUUUACCAAAAAAAAAAAGUUGACAGAUCGAUGCAGAUGAAUUCUUGGCGCUUCCGUUCAUUACCAAUAUCCGCAGUUGCAGUCCUCAGUACUAGUAACAAAUCAUCUUUUCUUAAAUUAUUAUUGUCAGUCAUUUGUAAGAUUCAUAAUUCCUAAUUAUGACUUGUAUUGUUUCCCGUGUGUGGCUCUUAAAUUUUCUGUGGCUCUUAAUUUUCGAAAAUUUCAUUGUAAAAGGAGUAAAACCAAAUUUGUGGAAAGUUGGCUAUUCAACACAAAGCCUUUCACUCUCUUGCUUUAACGUGAAUAACACGUCUCGUACAAAGACUAAAUAAAAAAUUGACAAUUCAACACAAAAGAAGAGAAAUGGUGAUGCAAGCUGGGUGGAUUUGGAUCACUGUAUCUGUGUAUAUAUAAGGGAAUGAGCAUGAAACCAUGUUGCCAUCACAAUUUCUUUUUUCCUUUGUACUUCUUCUUCAUUAUUGAUAUUCAAGAAGAAGGAAAAUCUCUAGGAACUUAAUGAGUACCAUUCUUACUACUCUUUCUUUUCUCUUCUUUUUCAAUUUUAACUUUCAAGACGUGUUUGCAGUUCCUUCUACUCAUUUGUGCCACCCGGAACAAAGAGUUGCACUUCUUGAGAUCAAGAAAGAGCUUGAGAUUAGUGAAUCUUCUUGUCAAGGUUACAUUAAUGAAAAUGGUAUUGUUAGCCCUUAUCCGAAGACGGAGUCUUGGAAAAAUAACACCGACUGUUGUUAUUGGGAUGGUAUCACGUGUGAUGCCAAGACCGGGAAAGUGAUAGAGCUAAACCUCACUUCCAGCUGCCUCUACGGCAGGUUUCAUUCUAAUACCCUUCAAAAUCUUGGCUUCCUAAUCGUUCUAGACCUUUCGUUUAAUGAGUUAUAUGGUCAAAUCUUGCCUUCAGUAGCAAAACUUUCACAUCUCACAUCCUUCGAUAUUUCUAAUAAUAAGUUUUCGGGUCAGAUUCCAUAUUCAAUUGGAAACCUUUCACGUCUAGCCGCUCUUGAUAUCUCUGGUAACAAUUUUGUUGGUGAAAUCCCAUCUACUUUUGGCCGUUUGAACCAGUUGACCUACUUACGUGUUGGUUCCAACAAGCUUAGUGGUAACUUUCCUAUUGCAAUACUAAAUUUGACAAAUCUGUCAGUUUUAUCACUCUACUACAAUCAAUUCACAGGAACUCUUCCUCCAAAUAUCACUUCACUCCCCGACUUGGAGUACCUUUAUGCAGAUAACAACGAUUUCGUUGGAACCCUCCAUUAUUCUCUCUCCACCAUCCCUUCUGUGACGAAUAAUCAACUCGAUGGCCCUUUACUUUUACCAUCUAAGCUACUAGGGUUAAGUCUUGGCAGUAAUAGAUUCAGAGGCCCGAUCCCAAUAUCCAUUUCCAAAUUAGUGAAUCUUCAGGUGCUUGACAUGUCCCAUUGGAACACCCAAGGUCCAGUUGAUUUCAAUAUCUUUUCGCAUCUCAAAUCGCUCAUAACUCUGGACUUAUCCUAUUUGAACACCACCACCAAGAUUGACUUGACUGCAAUCUCAUAAUUUUCCAAGUCGCUCGAUACAUUAGAUCUCUCAGGAAACCAUGUUUUAGCCACAAACAAAAGUUCAGUUUCUGAUCCUCCUUCGAAGGUUAUAAGGCAAUUAUUAUUGCAAGGCUGUGGUAUUACCGAAUUUCCGGAGCUUCUAAGAACUCAGCAGAAUAUGGCAUUUCUUAAAAUUUCUAACAACAAAAUCAAAGGUCAAGUGCCUAGCUGGUUAUGGACGUUACCAAAACUGUGGUACGUGGAUCUUUCCAACAACAAUUUCAUUGGUAUGGAAAGAUCUAUCAAACAUGGAGUAUCCUCGAACAUUGUGACUCUAGACAUUUCCAACAACGAAAUCAAAGGUUAUGGAUGUUCCCAAAUCUAGAGUACUUGAUUUUUUCCUACAACAAAAUUAACGGUCAAGUUCCUGGCUGGUUAUGGAAGCUAUCAAGUCUGUCGUCUCUGGAUCUCUCCUACAAUAAUCUUAUUGGAUUUGAAAGAUCUACGAAACAUGGACUAUCCCCUGAGCUACAAAUUCUAGACAUUUCUAACAACAAAAUCAAAGGUCAAGUACCUGGCUGGUUAUGGACGCUUCCAAGCCUGUAUAACCUGGAUUUUUCCAACAAUAAUUUCAUCAGUUUCGGAAGAUCACGGAAACUUGGAAUAUCCUCUGCCUUGCAGUACUUCCAGAAACAAUUUCACUGGACAUAUUCCUUCGCUGGUAUGUGAGUUGCGCUCUCUAAUCAUUCUCGAUUUAUCAGUCAACGACUUCAAUGGAUCAAUCCCUCAUUGUUUGCAAAAUCUGAAGAAAAGUCUUUCAUAUCUCAACCCUCGUCAUAAUAAUCUUAGUGGACGUCUACCGGGGAAUGUGAUUGAAAGUCUAAAGUCUAUAGACGUCGGUUAUAACCAACUGGUGGGGAAGCUUCCUAGAUCUUUGAUGAAUUUCUCCUCGCUCGAAGUUUUAAAUGUGGAAAGCAGCAGAAUCAACAACGUGUUUCCAUUAUGGUUGAGUUCUCUACAAAAUUUGCAAAUUCUUAUCUUACGAUCUAAUGAAUUCAAUGGACCGAUACAUCAAGCCUCGUUCAGUAAAUUGCAAAUCGUCGAUAUAUCAUACAAUCAAUUCAGUGGGACUCUACCAUCAGAUUAUUUUGUGGGUUGGAGUGCAAUGUCAUCCCUUGGGACAAACAAAGAUCAGUCGGCUGAAAAGUACAUGGGAGAUAAAUCAUCAGGUUAUUACCAGGAUUCAAUAGUUUUGAAAAAUAAAGGAAGGGAGAUUGAGAUUGUACGUAUCCUAAAAGUCCUCACAGCACUCGACUUCUCCCAAAACAGAUUUGAAGGAGAGAUUCCAGAAUCCGUCGGCUUACUGAAAGAGCUUCGUUCACUCAGCAUGUCAAACAAUGCCUUCACUGGACACAUCCCCUCAUCGAUGGGGAAUCUGACAUCUCUCGAGUCACUUGACGUCUCUCAAAACAAGCUUUCAGGUGAAAUUCCGCAAGAGCUAGGAACUCUCUCAUUCCUUUCCUACAUGAAUUUCUCCAA